UGAAUGCUGAAAAAAAAUGACAGAAUUGACAGUCUGUCACAGUAAGAGGAAAUGUCUUGUGAAAAUUUACCGGAGUUAUUAAUCGAAAAACUAAGCCUUGGUCAAAAUUUAUUAGAGAAAUUACACAAUUUAAGCCACAUAAAUGGAGUCAAUAAAUUAAAGCGAAAAAUUAAUCAAGAAUUAAAUUUUCUUAAAAAGAAAAAGUUCAAUAACACAAUUCGUAUUGAAAACAUUCAAUGUACAAAUUUAAAUCAUUUUGUAGCGGUUGUUGAUACAUUGAAUCGAACACCGAACUGUGUUGAAGUUGAUAAAACUUUCGGUUUUAAUGAUCGAAAGUUAUCAGUGGAUAUUGUAUCACAUAAUGGAUUCAUUUGGAUAAAAGUAAUUGCACGAAAUUCGAAAUCAUUAUUGCAGGCUGUUGAAGGUGAUACAAGUUACGGUACUAAAUCUAUUGUAGAUCAUGCUGAUGAUUUUCUAGAAUGUGCUAAAUUGUAUCCAGUUUGUUUUCAAAAUCCAAAAGUUAUAUUUCAUUUUUCACAAGGAAUUACACCAGAACUUUUGAAUGUAUUACAAACUACUGAAAUUACCGUAACAACAAAUGAAAAUUUUGUGGAUAUAAUUGAAAAAUUACAAUUAAAUAAACCGAUAAAUCAAGAAAUUUAUGUAAAUAAUUUUUGUAAUUUAGCUACAAAGAAAUUAAAUUUAGAUGUAUCGUCCAUGAUUGCGUAUGUGAGUAAUUUAACGAAUGGAUAUUGUAAUUAUAUCUACAAAGAGGCUUUAUUAACACAACAAGCUCAAUGGGAAGCUGAACGACCCGUAAAACCUAUACUGGACAAGUUAUUUAACGGAAGGCAAUUAUUAUGUUGUGAAACUGCCUUAAAUGAUUUUAAAAGUAUAAUCGAAACCGUUGGAGGUGAAACUGAAAAAUGUAGGGCCAAAGAAUUGAUAGACCGAUUAUGUGUUUUGUCCAGUGAUGUUGUAGAAACAGCAAUUGAAAAACAUGAUAUUAAACUUGGUGGAAAAAUUAAAAAACGUUCGCUUCUUGUGUUUGAGUUUGGAAAUCAAAUUCAAUCCGUCACAGUUACAGCAAAUGAAGGUUUCGUUCGUUCAGUUAAACAACAGGGUGUUGAAUAUGCUGUUUUUAUUCAUGAAUCUCGAGCUUUAACCGAACAGAAAGAGAAGACGGCUACUAAACGAAUUUAAUAAAACCUACAAGUAUU